CCCAAUCCCCAAUCAGCCAAUUAAUCAAAUCAUGGGAACCCUAUUGGGCCAUGUCGCCCCCGGAUUCGGCUUCCUCUUCAUCGGCAUAUGGCACCUCUUCAACCACAUUAAACUCUUCUCUCUCCACCCCAAAUCAUACCGCUCCCUGCUCUGGUUCCCCUUCCCCAAGCUCCGCCACCUCGAACUCCUCUUCAUCUCCCUCGCCUGCUCCGUCUCCAUCACCAUGGAACUCUUCAUCGGUACCGAACGCCAUCAACCCCUCGACCCCGAUCUAACCAUCCCCUCCAACCAUCUCCACAACUUCGAACAUUCUUCCAUCUCCCUCACCUUUCUACUCUACUCUCUCUUCGCCCUAAUCUUCGAUUCGGCCCGAUCCCCCCGCCCUGCUGCCGAGCCGCUCACAAUCCUAGCCGCCUCUGCCGCCUUCGCCCAGCAGCUCUUCCUCUUCCACCUCCAUUCCUCCGACCACAUGGGGGUGGAAGGGCAGUAUCAUUCACUCCUCCAGCUCGUAGUAGCCGUCUCGCUUAUCACCACCAUCAUGGGCAUCAGCCACCCGUGUAGCUUCGCGGUAGGGUUUGUCAGAUCGGCGAGUAUUGCUUUGCAGGGGAUUUGGUUUGUGGUGAUGGGAUUCGCGUUGUGGACGCCGGGGCUGAUCGCCAGAGGUUGUUUCAUUAAUGAAGAGGAAGGACACACGGUGGUUCGGUGCGGGAGCGAGGAAGCGCUGCACAGAGCAAAAUCAUUGGUGAAUAUUGAGUUCAGUUUGAUUCUUGCCGUCUUUGUGGCUUCUUCGAUGGUGUUUUAUCUUGUUUUGAGCCGGAAGUAUGCGGAGGAGGCCGGAGGGGAUGAUGAUGACUCGAAGGAUGUCGAUUUGGAGUCGGAGAAGAGGAGCUUUGUUGCCUUGGAGAAGGGGAUGAGGAACAGUGAGCUUCAGAGGUAAAAUGGUAUGUUUGGAUUUGUCGCUUAA